CUAACAUUUUCUCUCUCCUCUCCCGUCUUUUACUCGUGGUAGCUGUCAUAUCGCUAGUCUCCGGUGUUCCCGACGCCCAUAUCCCGCCCAUAUCCCGCCCUAUCGCUCGCUCGCUCGCUAGGUCGGUCGCUGGAGUCUUCUUUCUUCUUUACUCCACUCACAGCGCUCUCGCCCUUCUUUGAUGGCGGCCGUGGUGGCCGAUCCCUGAAACCCUCGCCAAGAAGCAAGAAGGAAUCGAGAAAUCGAACCCUAGUUUGAUCGGAAUCCAUGGUGGUAGUGGUGGCGGUGGCGGCCGCGUAGAUGGGGUCGCUGGAGAUGGGGAUUGCGUUGAAGAGGGCGCCGCUGCUCCGGUCGGCGCCGUCGGCCGGCGGGCGGUCAUUUUUUCGCCGGCCGAGAUCCAGGCUAGCUCGGUUCCUCCUCUUCGAGAAGGUUGACUACCUCCAAUGGAUUUGCACCAUGGCCGCGUUUUUCUUCGUUGUCAUAUUCUUUCAGGCCUUCUUGCCGGGUCCUGUGAUGGAGACAUCGGGGGGUUUGGGUUUGCAUAGGGGGGAGAGGGAUCCGGGAAACUUGGAGGGGAUUGGGGGUUCGGAUUUCGGGGAGGGGAUCACGUUCGCGCCGUCGAAGCUGCUGGAGAGGUUCGAGCGGGAGAGGAGGGAGGAAAAUUUAUCGUUGAUGGCGCUGGGGAGACCCGUGAAGCGGGUCGGGCUUCUAAAGCCGCGGCUGGCAUUGGUGGUUGCCGAUCUGUCGCCGGAUGCCAUGCAGUUGCAGAUGCUUAGCAUUGCAGCCGCUUUGAAGGAGAUUGGGUAUGAUAUCGAGGUUUUAUCAUUUGAAGAGGGCCCUGCUCUUGCUGGUUGGAGAGCUAUAGGAAUUCCUGUUUAUUUUCUGCCUAUCAACACAAAACCAGAAAUUGCUGUUGAUUGGUUUGACUAUAACGGCAUUCUUGUGAGUUCUCUCGAGGCAAAGCCUGUAUUUUCAUGUCUUCUUCAGGAGCCUUUCAAAUCUAUACCUGUCAUAUGGACCAUACAGGAGAGGUCCCUAGCUCUUCGUCUUAGUCAAUAUGCAACAAAUGGCCAGGUUCAGCUUAUAAAUGACUGGAAACAAGUUUUUAGCAGAGCUACAGUUCUAGUGUUUCCAACCCAUUUAUUGCCGAUGAUGUAUUUGGAGUUUGAUUUUGGGAACUACUUUAUUAUUCCGGGUUCUCCUGCUGAAGCAUUGGGAGCAGAAAAUUUUUUGGCUAUUCACAGUGACCAUGAUAUAAGAGUUAAUAUGGGUUAUGGAUCAGAGGAUUUUCUUAUUGCUAUUGUCGGCAGUGAAUUUACAUACAGUGGUAUGUGGCUAGAGCAGGCACUCAUCUUGCAAGCAUUAGCACCACUACUCAAAGAGUUUCUACCUGAAAAGACUUCUCAUUCUAUGCUGAAAAUUCACAUUUUGAGUGGGAAUUUAACUAGUGCAUACCAGAUGGCUCUAGAGACCAUUGCUUUAAAAGUUGGCUAUCCAAGGGGUGUUGUGGAGCAUGUUGUUUUUGAUGAUGAAGACAUGUUCAGUUUUCUUGGAAUAGCAGAUCUUGUAAUAUAUGGUUCAUUUCUUGAGGAGCCGUGCUUUCCCAGAGUGCUACUGCAAGCUAUGAAUCUUGGAAAGCUAAUCAUUGCUCCUGAUCUGGGCAUGAUAAGAAAAUAUGUUGAUGAUAGGGUACAUGGAUAUCUUUUUCCAAAGAAGAAUGUUGGCAUGCUCACCCAGAUUGUACUUCAAGUCGUCUCAAAUGGAAAAUUGUCUCUACUUGCCCAGAAAAUUGCAUCAAUUGGCAAAGUGCAUGCCAGAAACCUAAUGGCUACUGAAAGUAUCCAGGGCUAUGCAUUGUUACUAGAAAAUAUUCUUAAAUUUCCAUCAGAAAUUUCGUCUCCCAAGGAUGCCAAGGAGAUCCCUUUGAUACUGAAGGAGGAAUGGCAAUGGCAUCUGUUCAAGAACAUUGCAGACACAAACAAUCUAAGUAGAAGUUUCCGAAGUGAAAAAAUAUUAGACAAGCUUGAAGAGCAGUGGAGUCGUAGUCAAAUGGAAAGCUCAGCUGAUACUGCAUUGAAGUUUGAUGAACCAUUCUCCUCAAUAGCUUGGGAGGAAGAAAAAAGAAUCGAGAUGUUUAAUGCCAGAAUGAGAUUAGAAGAACAAGAGUUGAAGGACAGGAGCGAUCAGCCUCAUGGAACAUGGGAGGAAGUUUACCGGAAUGUCAAAAGGGCUGACAGGGCAAGGAAUGCAUUGCAGGAGAGGGAUGAUAGGGAGCUUGAACGGACAGGGCAGCCCCUGUGUAUAUAUGAACCUUAUUUUGGGGAAGGAACUUGGCCUUUUCUGCAUCAAACCUCGCUUUAUCGUGGAAUUAGCCUUUCCUGCAAAGGCCAAAGACCUGGAGCUGAUGAUAUAGAUGCUUCUUCCCGUCUUCCACUUCUUAGCAAUGCAUACUACCGAGAUAUUCUUGGUGAAUAUGGAGCCUUUUUUGCUUUGGCUAACCGGAUUGAUCGUGUACAUAAGAAUGCUUGGAUUGGGUUCCAGUCUUGGAAAGCAUCUGCAAGGAAGGCUUGCUUAUCUAAGAAAGCUGAAACUGCACUUCUGGAGGCCAUUGAAGCCAAUAGGCAUGGAGAUACCCUUUACUUUUGGGUUCGAAUGGACAAAGAUCCAAGAAAUCCUCUGCAACUAGAUUUUUGGACAUUUUGUGAUGCCAUAAAUGCAGGAAACUGCAGAUUUGCUGUUUCUGAGGCUUUUCGGAGGAUGUAUGGUGUACGUCAUGAUUUGAACUCUUUGCCACAAAUGCCUAAUGAUGGACAUUCUUGGUCUGUUAUGUACAGCUGGGCCUUACCAACAAGGUCUUUUCUUGAGUUCAUCAUGUUCUCAAGAAUGUUUGUAGACGCAUUGGAUGCCCAGAUGUAUGACGAGCACCAUCAAAGUGGGCAUUGUUAUUUGAGUGUAUCUAAGGACCGCCACUGCUAUUCUCGUGUGCUGGAGCUUCUUGUGAACAUAUGGGCAUACCACAGUGCACGACGGAUGGUAUAUGUGAACCCUGAGACUGGAGAAAUGCAGGAGCAGCACAAGCUGAUGAACCGGAGAGGUCAUAUGUGGAUCAGAUGGUUCUCGUAUGCCACUUUGAAGAGCAUGGAUGAGGAUUUGGCAGAGGAAUCAGAUUCUGAACCCCCUGAUCGGAGAUGGCUGUGGCCCUCAACUGGUGAAGUCUUUUGGCAGGGUGUGUAUGAUAGGGAGCGAAACGUGCACCAGCAGCAGAAGGAAAGAAGGAAACAACGGAGUAGAGAUAAGAUUCAAAGAAUAAUAAUGCGAAAACGCCAAAAAACCCUUGGAAAGUACAUAAAACCCCCACCUGAGGAGACUGGUGAUUUGAACACUACAAGAGCUCUUUGAUCAUUAUUUUCUUACAGGCAAUCUUUUGAUGGUUCUUUUUUCCCCAUUUUUUCCUAUAUUUUUUCCCCUACCCAGUUGCAAGGUGCAUGAAUGUGAUUAGAUUUGUAAUUUUUUUCAUUGUUUUUAGUUUUUGCAGCAUUGUAUUUUCACUACCGAUUCUUGGAGCAAAUCCAGUGGCAAUUAAAGAUGUAAUUAUGUCAUUUCUUUCCA